AUGAGUAGAGCGAGUAUCUGCUUUCGUGCAAUAGAACAGUGUAGAUCUUGCAGGUUUCGCUUCACUCACCGGCUAACUUUACGAGGGAAGGUAGGUUUAAACAAAUUACGCAAAGCCUUAAGGGUUUUCUUGAUAUUUCCUUCGCUAAUUUGCCUCAAACUUCAUGAUCAGCCACAAUUCGAUCUUGUCAGCUCAGGAUGCUUAUGAUGUCGGCAGCUUUUCAAUUAUUUUCAUAGGAAAGGAGAACUGAGACAGGAGAGAUUGAGCACUUGUUUUAUUAUUUACCCUAAUCAGAAAAGUGAAAAAUGAAUAUCGAAUUAGUUCUGGAUUUGGAAAAUGUGAUAUACUGCAGAACGAUCUGGAUUUAAUUUGACCACUGGAAACGAGAUAAAUAAUUUCAGAAAUGGUUAUUGGAAUUCUCUUCGAUGGUCCUCGACUCAAUAAUCAGAAACGAAUGCUCACGUUAAUAAGAAAUGACAUUGUUUAUUUGCAUAACAUUAUUCAGUUAGUCGGAAAUUUAGCGUGAACUGAAAUGAGGAAUUAAAACAAAAAAAUUCCACUGAAUUUUAAUUUUGGCAGUAAUUGCCCUCCAUAUAUAAAUGCCCAGGAGAGUGUGGUUCAUUAUAUUAAAUUUACCGUUCUGCCAAUUAUCUACAGGUGCUAUGUUCUAAUUUGAGUACAAACCAGGAGGGACCUUUUCAUGAAGAAAAAGAGUGGAGUUCAACUGAAGAGAAGCAUGGCUACGGUUCUAACGGUGGUUUUGAGAAACGCAACAAGGAGGCUGCUGGUCUAUUUUAUCUUAACACUCUGAAGCUACCUGAAAAGCUACAGCAGAACUUAGACAGCUACCUCAAGAGUAAGGAAAUUGUUUCUCAUGUGACAUGAAAAAGGAAGUGUGCACUUGAGCUAAUUGGCUAAUUCAGCUAGAACUUAUCUUGGCUUUUUCAGCAUAAGGUGACUCUGGGUAUUGUUACAUAUACUCUCCCUAAAUGAGAUGCAAGUCAAUUGCAGGUUCACCUGACCCCAACCUCUCCUGGCCCCUGCUACCCCCUCCAAGUAUUUUGUAAGACUCCUUGACAGUUUGUUGGUACUCAUUUCCAUUCCUGGGUGGAGAUGGGUCCCUUGAAGAGUUAACCCUUUCACUCCCAAGAUCUAAUUAGUAAUUCUCCUUACUAUCUGCCAUAAAAUUCUUAUGAUGUUAGUUCAGAAAAUUUGGUAUUGGAUCAACUAAUAAUCCCAUGAUUGACAUUCUUCUCUAUUCUCAUCACCUACCUGCUUGAUAUUGUAUCGAUAUUGUAAGGAGAAAUUCUGUCUUGGUCACUUGUAGGAGUGAAAAGGUUAAUUCCCAUGAGUGACCAGACAGAAUUUCUGCCUACAAUAUCCAUACAAUUCCAAUCAGACAAGUGAUGAGAAUGCAGAGAAAUAUCAAUUAGGGGAUUAUAAGUUGAUCCAGUAACAAAUUAUCAGAACUAAAAUCAUAAGAAUUGUACAACAGUCAGUAAGGAGAAUUACUAAUGAGAUCUUGUGAGUGAAAUGGUUUAGUGUCUUGCUCAAGAACACAACACAAUGACCUGGUCAGGUCUCAAAUGGGACCCCUUGGCUUGGAGUCCAUCACACUAAAUGUUAGCUCACUGUUUCUCUCACCUUCUUGGUUAUAUAGAGUCUCUAUUUGUUUUUUUAUUAUGAAAUUUCAACUGCCUCACUGCCGGUCUUUACUGACUAGUAGUAUAGUUGUUAAUUGUCUUCCAGUGUUGUUUGAAUCUGACUUUGUGGCAUGAUUUGACAUCAUAGAAUUCCCAAGGAAGGUGUUGGAAAAUGAUGGUAAAAAACUUGCAAGGCACAUCAGAAAUAGAGGUCGUCCAACAGAACAGACCUGGCAGAAAUAUAAGGAAUCUAGACGGCAAAGAGAGGAAUUAGCAGGUAUGGUCUUGAAUACAGUAUCAGAAAUUAAAAUGGAAAGAGAGGAAUUUGAUUAGCCACAUCCAUAGUUAUUUUCAUUUUUUUAACAAAUGAUUGCAUUUACUGCACCUUUUUUCUUGUCAAAGCGACAGUAAUCUAAAAUGCUGUUGUGUGUUAGAUCCGAGGCAUGUUCAGUUGGUUGUUCUUUGCUUGUUGAGGGACAUUAUUCUGAGUGUUCUUUGCCUGUUAGCCCUUUAACUCACGGAAGUGAUUAACAAGUAACUUCUCCUUAUAAUAACUUAAGAUUAUCCAGCAGACAGGUCAUGAAAAUAUUAAAACUUAUCAGAUCAAAGUUGUUAUCUUGGUCUGACACAAAAUUCUCGUAACUUAUUUACAAGGAAAUGUGUAGCAGUCUGAGGGGAGAAUUAACAAGUUAAAGGUUAAAGCCAUAAAUUUUUAGCAGUACUGAGUCAAAAUAUGUGCACUUUUAAGGUCACAAUAACUCGACCACAGAGUCUUGAUCACAUGCAUCAAGAUGAUUUAUGACUUUUUGUAUUUCUUGUCUAAUUGUAUAUAGUAAACCAAGCUAAUCCUGCUGACAUUUUGAAGCUACAUAAUCAGCAAGAAGAUACAAUUCUUGAUGAUGUAGACAGUACAAGUGAAGAUGAAGAUGAUGAAUUUGAUGGAGAAUUUGUUUCCCAAGAAACAAGAUCUGACCCACUUGAGACUGGUGACAGUGACAGUGACAUUGAUGAUAAAGAAAACAAUAACCACACAAAUAGCGAAACAAUGGACACAAGUGAUAGCAAACCUGCUAUUAUUAAAAAGCAAAAAGUUAUCAAAAGGCCAAGAGGAAGUGAAUACAAACUGAUAAGGUAUUUUGUUUUAUUUGAUUUAACUAACCUGGAGCUUGUUUCUGGAAAGUCUCAGUAAGUUAAUCAGCUGGAAGCCAUAUUUUGAUGAUGAAAUUUUGAAAGAGUAGUGGAGCAGGCUAUGGCACCCUAACCAGUUCAUUUUCUUUCUUUAGCUGAUAGUUUUUUAGUAUAAUUUUCAAAACUUUUGAGACAUCCAGCUUAAAUGACAACAGAACAUGUGGAUGUGUUAAGUUACCAGAACCUUCGAGAAAGGGCCCAUGGUUUUUAAGUAUUUGCAUCUAUCAAAUUUAGUGCCAUCCCAGUCCACAAUACAGAUAACAUCCAAAAGGGAGAGAAUCAAGACAGCUUCAAAUUCAAAUCAUUUAAAUUAGAGAGUACAAGGAAUGCUUUUUUUAAUGUCUUUAAAAAAAAUUGAAAUGAUUUGCAAUUUUCCCACCAAAAAUUGUUAGUAAUGGGUCCCUGAGGGUUGCUCUGAUUUACUUUGGUGACAGGUAUAACAAAAGAGAAGCUGCUGCUUAUGCUGCAAGCCGUUUACCUGCAAGCUAUGGUGCAACACUUAGAGUGUUCCAUGAAGUAAGUGAAAAGUGACAUGAGACAAUUCUGCCAGACUUUGUUUUGCAAUUCUUUUACCAGUACGGAUGAUGCUAAGCUAUUUUUGAUGAAAGCAUAUGUUGAAAUAAUGUUAUGUCUCAUUUUUGAUUGAGAAUCCUUUCACUGCCAUUAUGUACAUGAUAAUUAAGGUCCUCAGGUCUCUAGAAAAGCCAUUUUAGACUUGCCCUUGCUUUUUAAUUAAGUUUUAACAAUCUUUUGUUUAUCCUCCAUAGUUAAGGAGGCGUGAGCCCAACUUUAAACCAGAGAAUCUGCUGGAUUUUGGAUCUGGCUCUGGAACAGCAACAUGGUAAAAAAUAUUUGUCAAUGAAAUCUCUUUGAUCUAGUGACAAUUAAUUUGCAUUUAUUCCCCCCCCCCCAAUUUUAUUUUUUUUCAAAAAACAAACAAGCUAAUCAAAUGAUGAAUUAUUAUUAAAACUUGGCUUUUGCAAAAUGAGAUAUGUUUUUUUUAAUCAGUGUCUUGUCGAUCAGUAAUUCAACCUUUAUAAAUUUUUGCUCAACUUUGCUAGGGCAGCCCAUGAGACAUGGGGAGACUCGCUCAGAGAAUAUCAGUGUGUGGAUGUAUCUCAGGACAUGAAUAGUCUGGCUGAAUAUCUCAUAAGAGGUUUGUACUUCAUGAUUAUGAAUGAAUUAGUAAUACUGAAUUCAGUUUGUCACAGUAGACAGGGAACUAGUAGCCUCUUUUAAGAUCAAGGACUGGCCAGUGUAGUUGUCCUAAGGAAGGAUAAUGCUUUCCAAGGGAUAGAUCACUAUCCUACAGAUGAAUUUUAACAAAACAUACUGUGCAAUUUAUUGGAUAAAGAUUUAUCUGUUGGAUAGCAUUGUUCACCCCUUGAAUUAGCAGCACUGGGGUGCUACAUGUAAAGAUUGUAAACUUAAGGACUUCUUGAAAAGCAAGUCUUCUUUCUAUGGGCUUGUUCAUGGCUUGUGUCCCAUAAUUUUUUCAAUGUAAUUUGUCUUUUUUUUAGUUGGAUAGGGUAGUGUACCAAUACCUCUUUUUUUCUCCGAUUUCCCCUUGUUGUAUCUUCAGUUGAUAAGCUGAAUCAUGCUGCUUUUUAAUAUGGUCCAUACCUGUGGUCUGUAAAGAACAGAUUUUCUUCUUUAUAAGGCAAUUUUUUGUUUCUCUUUUUCUGUGUUUUCAGUUAAUGCCAAGCAUAAAUAUUUAAUCCAUUUUGUUAUGUACUGUUUUUGUUGUCCUUAUUCUUAAUACAGGUGGAGAGGGUCUGAAGCAUUCUCUUCAUAUUCCGGGAGUUUAUUUCAAGAGAUUUUUACCUGUAUCCAACUUGGUAAGCUUAGAUUUCUCCAGGAAAUGUUGGGUUACUUUAGUAGGUAGACUGUGAAUUUGAAUUAAUUUUCCCACUUUGUGCACCUAUAUCUUCACAACUUUCUGCUUUAACCCUUAAACUCCCAUUAGUGACCAAGACAGAAUUUCUCCCUACAAUAUCCAUACAAUUUCAAGCAGACAAGUGAUGAGAAUAUAGAGAAAUAUCAAUUAGGGGAUUAUCGGUUGAUCCAGUAACAAAUUCUCAGUACCUAAAUCAUAAGAAUUGUACGGCAGUUGGUAAGGAGAAUUACUAAUGAGAUCAUGGGAGUGAAAAGGUUAAACCCUUUCCCCUCUCCUUGAAGCACAAGAACCAAUGAGUUAGAAAUAAGGAGAAGCCAAUAGUCUGCAUUUGUUAAAAGAAGUUUACUUUGAUGGAAUUGAGUCUUUAUUUGAUACUGUUGUUUGUCAAAUAGAUAACUUAUGAUGUUGUGGUGGCCUCCUAUGCUCUCAGUGAAAUACCUAGAGCCUCCUUGAGGAAAAUGGCAGUGAAAAGCUUGUGGGGGAAAACAAGUGACUUAUUGGUAAGCCAUUGUUAUCUGAAAAUUCAUUAACCUUUUUCUUCUAACAGUGAUAAGCAUCUUAUCUAUCCUAGCAGUAUCAGCCCUGAAUCAAAUAUUAACCCUUUACACUAUAACAUCAUUGUGGUUAUUCUCCAUACAAUUCCCUAUACAUUUCCUAAGUUGCUGAAAAGGAGAAUUUGUUUAACAAUCAAGAGGUUCUUAAGUUGGUGAUCAUUUUCUUUACUCUCAUGACCCUAAUGUUUGAUUCAGGGGUGAUGUUGUAGAGAGAAAUUAGAUGCUAAUCACUCUCAGGGAUCAAAGGGUUAAGGCCAUGAGACUAAACAAAAUUAUUGUGACUCAAGAAGCUUAUGAUUGUUAGAACAUAUUUCCCUUUGUAAUGACCGUAGAAAAUGUAUAUACAGAAUAGAAUAGAGAGCUAUCUUGCAUACUGAUGCAAGGGUGUUAAGGGGUUAAUAUGUAAUUUGAACUGACUGAAUGAUGUAAAACACCAUUUUGGCUCUCAAAAGUGCAUUUCAUUUUUUUUUUAUCCUAGGUUAUCAUAGAGCAUGGCAAUACUGAAGGGUUUGAAAUAACAGCUGAAGCUAGGAACCUAGUGUUAAAGGUAAAUGAAAGAUUGCUUACCAUGUUUUAUUGAAGAAGCACCUGGGUGCUUAUUGGAAGGAGGAUGCUCAAUAAAGGGGAGUGCUUAUUAAGAAAUUAUUGACCUGUACUGAUUCCAUUGUAGUUGAAGCUUUAAAAGUUUUAAAUAGGGUGGCAAUAGAAACAUGUUUUCCUUGUAACCCUACUAUUCAAGAAAGGGAGGGAAGAUUGGGGGGGGAGGGAGCUUUUUUGAGGGGGGUGUAUGUAUGAAAUUAUGACCAAGGGGGUGGGCACUAUUCAGGGGAGUGUGUUUAUUAAAGUGUGCCUGCUUAUUCAAGGAAAUUCAGCAAAUGUAUUCUAUAUGAUAAUGAACCUUGAAAAUAUGGUUAAUAUGUUAACUUAAUUUUUUAUUCUUUUAGUAUUUAAUUUAAAAGUUAUAAUUAUAUUAUUUAGUGUGAUUGUGUUUUCUUCAGUAAAGGAGUGAUAUGUCCAAACAUUUGCUUUUGGAGCAUAAGUACAGUAAACCCUUUAACUCCCAUGAGUAACCAAGUCAGAGUUUCUCCUUACGUUAUCAAUACAAUAUCAAGCAGAAAACAAUGAGAAUAAAGAACAAUGUCAAUAAGGGGAUUAUUACUUGAUCUAUUACCAAAUUCUCUGAACUAACAUCACAAGAAUUAUAUCACAGAUAGUAAGGAGAAUUACUAAUGGGAUCUUGGGAGUAAAAGAUCUACAUGUUAUAAUGAUAAACAUCCCUUACAGCCCUUCCUUGAUAUCACCUCAUCUUCUAUGUUAUUGUACCAAAAGUAUACAAGUAUUUCCUUUCCAUAUUCCUCAGGGCAAUUGACAAUACACCUGAGAAAUCUUGGGCUUUAAUGGAACCAUGUUGCUGACAAUUAUUAUUUUCCUUGUUAGAAAUCACCUAAUUUAAUUGUUAGCUGCUGCUAACUAGUUCUUGUGGCUUUAAAUUUGACAUAGAAUUAGACUUUUUUGUAUAUGUAAAAAGAACUUGAAAUAAUAUUUAUAACUUUUUACUGAUGUUUUGUAUCUUGUUUUUCAUAACAGAAAGGAGAUGGUGAGCCUGUUGAUGAUGGAUCAGCUGAGGGUGGGUACAGCUUAAAGCAAUGAAACUUCAGAAAAUGAGAAAGGGCCAAAAUGUUGUUUAGAACAAUUUUAAUCAGGGAGUGUGGAAAGUUAUGCAAGAUUACUUUGGUUUUGCUUUAUUUUGCUCUGUGAUUGAUAUUGAGAACCUUCUUAACCAUUUGGAGUCAUUUUGACACUGCCAUCUUUACCUCCUGCUUCAAGCAGUUUUUUUUCCUUUGAGUUCUCAACAGCCCCUGGUAUUUUCCUCUGCUUUUGUUGGUUGUUAUGAUUAUUUUAGUUUUGGUUUUACUGCACUCAAUCAAUCAGCAUUGAAUUUAAUUUUUUUAAAAUUAUGUCCUCUCUAGGUAACCAGUAUCAGUACCUUGACCCGACUGCUGAAGAAAUGGACAAUGGCUUUGUUUUUUCUCCAGUAAGUUUGAUUUCCUCUUUCUCCACCAUUUUCGCGAAGCCUUUCUUUGGUUCACAUAACAGGUGGAGUAUAAUUAUUUAACCAACAAUUUUCCUAUUUUUUCUUAAAUGACAGAUUACAGAUGGCAUAAAAGUGUGGUGAGAGUGAAACCAAAAUAGUGGGAUGUCAGCCCGAAGAGAUUGUGCGUCUGUGAUGCUCUUACCACAUUUUGAGGUCUUCUGUUAUCUGGUGCUAAGCCUCCUCUCCUCCUUGGUCAAAAAUUAAUUCAUCAACUUUAUUUGUUUGAUUUUUCAUCUGUUACAGUGUCCACAUGAUGUUAAGUGUGCAAGAUCUGAUGCUGAAACAAGAGACCAUCCCUGUAACUUUGAGCAGAGAGUUCAGUUGGCCUUAUGUCAGGUUUGUUAUGAAAGAGAUAAAAAAGUAAUUUGUCUCUUAUUGAGAUUUGGUUUUAUCAAUUGAAUUGACAAAGCAAAUUGGCCACCGUGAAGCAAUUAUAAAGCUAGCAUUUUGAGCAUUUGUCCCUUUCGUCAUUGUGAAUUGGAUUCACUCUGUCAAAGGGCUAACUAUUGAAAAGUCAGCUGUACAAUAUCUUCAUAUUUAUGUUAUCAAGCCAGUUAUAAAUUAAACCAAUACAUCUUUUAAAUAGCCCCUGCCAAUACAGCACCACAGUUUCUUUAGAAAUUUAUCCUCUUUAUUCAUCUUCCCUCAAGGUCUUUGUGUAAAAAGGCAAAUAUCACUGGAGGCAUUAAAAAUUUCAGUUUGUAGAGUUCUGAAAGUGGGGACAAAUGCUGUCUAGAGCUACCAUCUUGGACUCAACACUAAGAUACUCAAGCAAACACUUGUGCAAAGUGCCAUAUAUUAUUUUGCACCCUCUUUCCUCCGGUUGCUGUCAGCAUUACAAAGGGGAAAGGGUGUGGGCCUAAUCAGAGCUGAAGCAAGUAUACUGUGGUCAUCUGUAAUAGCCAUAAGAAGACAUUUGAAGUACGGUGUGAGACUUUUGGCCCAUGUUUUUCAAGGUCUCUCAAGGAAAGGACCUUUGGCGUAGAUGAUACCUGCCCCUUUCAGUGUAAAUUUAUAAUGCUAAUUUUUUAGAAAUGUGUAUUUUUUUGUUUCAGAGGAACACAAAAUUGAAGAAGAGGGGAUUUCAUACAGAAAGGUUUUCAUACAUUGUGCUCAAGAAAGGAGCAAGAGAUUUAGGAGGUCAGCAAUGGGAAAAAUAUUUGUUAAGGGGAGGGAAAGGUCUCAAGAUUGUGACCCCUAGGAAAAUGUAGAUUUAAUAAUUCAAAAUGAACUAAUAUUUGAUUUUGACUUAUGUUAUUUAUUUUAGUAUUUGAUGAGUAAGAGCAAAUUUAUUUGGAAAAUGCACUUUGUUAUCUCAUUCUGCAGAGAAGCCAUGGCCUCGCGUUCUUGAGCCUGUGCGGUACAGAAAGCGACAUGUUAUUUGUAGACUCUGCUGCAGCUCAGGUUAGUCAGUUGAGAACACUCACCCACCCCACCCUUUAUACAGGACAUAGUAAGCCUAGUAGGGCCUUGUUAGCCAGCAAAAAGUGGUUGUGGUGUGCUGGUAUCAUGUCCUACUGCAACCACUUUUAAAAUUGAUUGACAAGGUCAGGUCAUCAGGUUACUAAGCAAGGUGAUGUCAUAGCAAGAAGGAGAAUAUUCUUUUGUUUGGAAACAAUUUUUGUAAACCAUUUUAAAAUGGUCAAUAGUUAAGAAUGCUCAUCCUUGUUGUCUGUUGUUAUCAAUGAUUUCCUUCCUUGAUUGAAUUCUGACUUUUUCCCCUUUUUCUGGCAUAGAUGAGUAAUUUAACUAAGGCAAGAAACAACUUCAUUGUGUUUAUGAAUCAUAUCAAAUAUUUAUCUAAGAUUGGUUAAACAAAAAAAAAAUGCACUUAUAAGCCUCCUCUUUGUGUUUGCUAGGUGACCUAAAACAGAAGACUUUUACCAAAAGGAAGGACAGGUAUGUAUAGUUUACAUUGCUAUACACUGGUUGGUCAAACAAAUUUUGCUGUUUUUAUAGUGAAACAGCAUUCAACCAAAAGUGUUAUCUGAACAUAGAUUUGUUUGGAAGCCUGGGUGAAGCUGUACCCUCCCCACCAAGGAGAAAUGAUUAGAGAUUUAAUAUCUGGACAAACACUUUUAACAUCUAAGUGGAAUCUUGUCAUAAAUCUUUUUGUUGCAGUGAUAUCUACAAGUGUGCUCGACACUUGACAAAAUGGGGUGACCUGCUGCCUGACCCAGAGGACAGGGUUAGGAUGAACAGAAAGGCUGUGAAGUCUUGAUCCCAAACAGAAUAGAAAAUGGUGUAGAAUAUGCUGAAUUGUGUGAGAAU